CAUCGCACAUCUCACACCUCCCUCUUCCUGCCCCUCCCUGCGCCCCCAAAUCUCCGAGCCGGGCUCCCUCCCAAACCCUAGGCCUUUCUCGCCGGGGCGCCAACCUCCCCCUAGUCACUCGCACCCGCACCCGGCGAUGUCUCCCGUCGUGUCCGCCUGACGCGAUCUGUCUGUGCGGCGGGGAGUUGCGGCGAGAGCCCAGGCGGAUUGCGGGGAUGGAGCCCAGGCGGAUCUCGGCGAGCCCCCGGCCAUGCAGCGGGCGGCGGGUCGUGGCGUCGAGGAAGAGGCCGAGGCAGGAGGCGGUCGUCAGCAGCGUGAGGAAGCUGCAGCGCCGGGAGAUCAGCACUCGCCGGGAACGCUCCUUCGCUAUGAACUCCGCACGGGAGCGCUUCCGCAACAUACAGCUGCAGGAAGAGUUUGACACUCAUGAUCCUAAGGAAAACAGUUUGCUACUACCUUACAUGAGGAAAAGGUCAAAAAUUAUCGAGAUAGUUGCUGCGCGUGAUAUAGUUUUCGCUUUAUCACAGUCAGGAGUGUGUGCUGCUUUUAGUAGAGUGACGAAUAAGAGAAUAUGCUUUCUGAAUGGGAGUCCAGAUGAAGUUAUACGUAGUUUAUUCUACAAUAAGAACAACGAGUCCCUCAUUACUGUGUCAGUAUAUGGCUCUGAAAAUUUCAGUGCCUUGCGAUGCAAGACAACUCCAGUAGAGUAUAUCCGCAGGGGAACACCAGAUGCUGGUUUCCCUCUUUUUGAGACAGAGUCCUUGAAAUGGCCUGGUUUCGUGGAAUUUGAUGAUGUCAAUGGAAAAGUUUUAACUUAUUCUGCCCAAGACAGCACUUACAAGGUGUUCGACUUGAAAAACUACACACUGCUGUAUUCCAUAUCUGACAAGAAUGUUCAAGAAAUCAAGAUCAGCAGUCCUGGUAUAAUGCUAUUGAUUUAUACAAGAGCAAGCAGCUCUAUUCCUCUGAAGAUUCUUUCUAUCGAGGAUGGUACAGUCUUGAAGUCCUUCAGUCACCUCCUUCAUCGGAAUAAGAAGGUUGAUUUCAUUGAACAGUUCAAUGAAAAGCUCCUGGUCAAGCAGGAAGGAGAGAAUCUUCAAAUACUUGAUGUACGGAACUUCCAAUUGACUGAAGUGAGCAGGACUGAGUUCAUGACUCCAUCUGCCUUUAUCUUUCUGUACGAGCUCCAGCUGUUUUUGACUUUUCGGAAUCGAUCUGUAGCAGUUUGGAAUUUCCGAGGUGAACUAGUAACAUCAUUUGAGGAUCACCUGUUGUGGCACCCUGACUGCAAUACCAAUAACAUAUACAUAACCAGUGAUCAAGAUCUUAUUAUUUCUUACUGCAAGGCUGAUUCCAGUUCCAGUGAUUCAUCUCCAGAAGAAAAUGCUGGCUCUAUAAACAUCAGCAACAUACUGACAGGAAAAUGUUUGGCCAAAAUAAAGGCUGAUGAUUUGUGCAAGAAGGUCGAUGAUUUGUGCAAGCCAAAGAAGGCAUGGAAGUUUCAGAGUACAAUGUCAGAGGCUCUUGAGGACAUCACGGCUCUAUACUAUGAUGAAGAGCGAGAUGAGAUCUACACGGGCAACCGUCAAGGCCUUGUUCAUGUGUGGGCUAAUUGAAAUCUGAAACAGCAGAUUUCAGGGACGAUGUUUUGUUUGGUUAUAACUGAAUCAAUUAAACCCUCAGGCGGUGCUGAGUUGAAUAGGUUUCAAGGCUCCCGUACUAGGCUGUUUAUUUAUGCCAUUCUAGUGUCCAGCCAUUCUCUACCGACAGAAGAUUUGUUGUAGAGUUAACUUUUGUCGUGUGCUUUACCAUAGCCUGUAGCCUUGGUUGAGGCAUCGUCUUUCUACUAUGUAUCCGAAUGAGCUCUCAAAGAACUGUACUGAUGUAAUGUACUUUCUGGUUGCACUCAAAGUGGCCGACUUGUGCACUUUAGAGAACAAGAAAUACAUUAUAUUCACUC